AGUCGAUGUUAGCGGGUGUAUGGGAGGCAGGUAUGACCACAGAGGUGCACCAUGACCUCCACCAUCCCACCCAUGAGAGGUCAAGAGAUCACGAGGCCGGGGAAGGAACCUUGGAAGAGGCCAGGGGGAGGGAGGUGGAUUGGUCGUUCCUCUACGGGCGGGGUCCAGUACACAGGCGGUAUAUGGGGGUACUGGUGUUGGGCCCUGUGUCCUGGGCCCUCACAGCUGCUACACAGCUGAUGGCGAAAGGAGUGUUUGGAGAUAGAGACACACUGCUGGUGGCUCCUGUAGGGGGUGUGGUGCAGGAGGAGCAGCUGUGCCCACACGUGCCCCUGGCUGUGCGUGUGGUUGUUCUGGAGGUGGUGCAGCACAGUGACCAGGAUCGUGGGCGGCGAUGCUGGGGGACGGUGACGGAGGCGCGGCUGGAGGAGGGAGGGAAGUACUCGCUGUGGAGUGUUGGGUGCUGGCGUGGGGGACAGCUGACCCUGGGGGAGCCUCUCCUGCCUCCUGUUACCUCUCUCAAAGGCGCUACGCUCAGCACCGUCAUAGUUCAGGGGUUCAACGAGGUGGUGCCGGUGUACAAGGGCGGCUCCCUGAUGCUGGAGGGGGAGCUGGGGGGUUACCUCACCAAGAUCAGGAACAACUUGGAUUUUAACUUGGAUAUUCAUUAUGUCCAGGGUUUCGGCGUCAGGGCUUCCAAUGGCUCCUUCAGUGGUGUGAUCGGGAUGGUGCAGCGAAGGGAGGUUGAUUUCGCAGCAGCCUCCCUCUCCGUGUUGUCUGAGAGGGCCGAGGUGCUGGAUUACUGCGAAUGGUUUGGCCUCCACAACACCAGGUUCAUCACCAAGGUUCCCAGCCUCUAUGAUGACUACUUCAUUCUAUUCCAGAUCUACAGCUGGCAGGCGUGGUGUGUGAUUGUGGGAUUCCUGGCGUUGGCUUCGACUAUGCUGGCGUUGACGUGGGGACAGAUGAGUGACGGGGAGAGCCAACCUGUCACACGGAACUGUCUCGCCCCCGUCACCACCAUCCUUAAAACUGCUGUGUAUAUGGCGUCGGUGCGUCAGCCAGGGAGCAGCUCGGGGCGUGUGGUGUUGGUGUCGACGUGGAUGGUGGUGAUGGUGCUGGUGGGGGUGUACAGAGGCAACCUCACCGCCUUCCUCUCCAUCCCCAGGAUCUCCACGCCCCCGGAGACCAUCGCCCAGCUCAUAGACAUGGACUACACCCUCUCUAUCAGCUUGGGCUUUUCGCAGUAUUUGAAGAUGAAGACGUCGCCCAUCAGGAAGCAUCAGGUCGCCUUUAGCCAGGCCGAGUUUCGUCAAGACCGAGGGAUCCUGCCGACCGAGGAGUACAUCCAGAGGGUGAAGGACCAGCCCCUCGGCCUCCUCGUGACGGUGAUGGCAGUGUCAACCGUGAUGGAUAAAUACUCGGAUCAAGUGGGACCAGUUAAAGUGUGUACCCUUAAGUCGAGCUCUGAGGCGCUCUUCUUGGAGAUCGGGGCAAUCGCCUUCCCCAAGAACUCUCCCAUCAAGGCUUUGUUUGACCGCCAGACCAAUUGGAUACGAAGCACCGCCCUGAAGGUCAUGCCCCGCGAACAGUGCAUCCUGCCCACACUUAAGGGGGACGAGUCAGAGGCCCUCGACCUGGUCAAGAUGGGCGGCGUUAUGGUCCUGUGGGCAGCUGGGGUGGUCAUCGCUACCCUCACCUUCCUCUUAGAACUCUUCCUGGGCCCCUACAAGACUGUGUAGUUCUUCCU